AUGACGAUAGAGAAUACACGUAAACGUGCUCGUUCUUCAGACGAUGAGUCACAACAAUCAAAAAAACAACAAAUUACUUCAAAUAGUUAUCGAACUACGCGUUCAAAAGCUCGACAACAGGAAGCUGCGUCACCGAAUGCUGCUGUUCCUGAGGAAAAACCGAAAAGCAAUAAUGUUAUAAAUGUCAAGCAGAACACCGGUAAUAUUAAAGGUCUAAAUGAAUCAUUAUUACUAAGUAGCGAUGAUGAGUUGCCUAGCGAAGAAUUGGCACUCUCUAAAAUUAUCAAAUCCGUUCCCUCAGGUGGUCGGAAGAAGGGAAAAAAAUCUAAAACGAAGAAACCAAAUUAUUUAAGUAGUGAUGAUGAAUUUCCUAGUGAAGAUUUGAAUAUAAAAAAUAGAAAGAAGGAAAUCACUCAAGAUAAUAAUCAAGGAUCAAGUAAUUCAAAAUUGAAUCCGACGCUCAAUAGACAGGACUCAAACGAAUUAGAUGAUGAUUUUAAUAAAGAUAAUAGUUUGACGAUUCCUGGAGAGCCUAUUUUAGCCAUGGUGAAAAAAUACUAUUAUCCCGCCAGAAUUUUGGAUUACAUCAAAUACGAUAAAUAUAAGGUUAAAUUAUGUUAUGGCUACACGAGAGUCAUUCCACGAAAUAAAUUUUAUACACGUUAUGAAAAAGAAUUCCAGACGUGUGAGUUGGGUGAAAUUAGUAUGGCGCCCGAAGACCCGGACUAUCAUGAUCCUAAACUUAUUGAAACGAUCUGUAAAAAAGAAGAAAUUUUGUACAAAGUUUUGACCGGGAACGAGAAAUCUGCCUGGCGUUACGAUCGCUUUAUCGAGGGUGGAAAAAGUAGGGCUCUCUUGGCCAAGAAAAUUUCACAAGGGCCCUUCAAUUUGAGCGAAUAUAAUAUGAUCGCGAAGGUAUUACGGGGUAUGUUCAUCCCCGAAGUAGCAAAAACCAUCGAUCGUAAACCAAUAGUUCGAGGAUGUAAAAUGAUUUCGGAAGCAUCCACAUCAAUUUUCUAUAAUUAUUCAAAGGACCUUCAACUUCGAUUUUUAAAUGAUGUGAUGCUUCCCGAAGUCAUAAUUCGGUUGAUUAUGGAUGAUGAAGGAGUUGAUUAUGAGGGAGCUGAUAAUAAGAUGUUGAUGGAGUAUGGGGAGGAGAGGUGGGUCGAGGAUUUGUUGGCUGAAAGAAGCAGCUUUCAGAUGGGAAGGGAAAAAUUUUCAUAA